UCCUGCGGAAGCUGGUAUGAGCGACUCUGUAGGAACUCGGCAGGCCAGGAAUUAAUAGCAAAGAUUCAUCAACAUUAUUUUUCAAGACUAAUAUAUUUGUUAUUUAAGGGAAUUUAAACAAGGCAAUACCUCAAGGGUUUUUAUAUAUUUUAUUCCUAAAUGUCCAACCCUAUUUACUGUGGGGCGAUUUCUUGCUUGUUUUUUACGGCCCUGGGCAAAUUUCUACACGGAAGAGAUUACAGGUUGCACGCGGGAAACCAGUGCGAGAUGGCGGUCGGCACAAGGGCUGAAUAGACAACUCUCCUACAAAACAAACUAAACGAUACGGUCGUUUGCUCACUUCGCUCUAUUGUUUUAUCUAUUACAUUCGGGGAGAUAGCAUCACGACAUGGAAGGGGGCAAGCCCACCAUUCCGCUUGUUUACCAAGCGGUGCAGGCUCUUUACCACGACCCGGACCCCGCCGGUAAAGAGCGAGCCUCGGUGUGGCUCGGCGAGCUGCAAAGAUCGAUGUACGCCUGGGAAAUCUCAGACCAGCUCCUGCAGCUCAAACAGGACGUGGAGUCGUGCUACUUUGCCGCGCAGACCAUGAAGAUGAAGAUCCAGACGUCGUUCUACGAGCUCCCGGCGGAGACGCACAAUGCCCUCCGCGACUCCCUGCUCUCUCACAUUCAGAGCCUCAAAGAUCUCUCGCCCAUCAUCGUUACUCAGUUGGCACUGGCCAUUGCAGAUCUGGCACUUCAGAUGGCCUCUUGGAAAGGAUGUGUCCACACACUCAUUGAAAAGUACAACGACGACGUCAGCUCCAUGACGUUUCUGAUCGAGAUCCUGACGGUUCUGCCCGAGGAGGUCCACAGUCGCUCGCUCCGCAUCGGGGCCAACCGCCGCACGGAGAUCAUCGAGGACCUGGCCUACUACUCCAGCACCGUGGUCACCCUGCUGACGACGUGUGUGGAGAAGACGGGCAACGACGAGAAGAUGCUGAUCAAGGUGUUCCGGUGCCUCGGCAGCUGGUUCAACCUGGGGGUUCUGGACAGCAACUUCAUGGCCAGCAACCAGCUCCUCAUCGUCCUCUUCCAAGUGCUGCAGAGGGACGAGACGUCCACCAACCUGCACGAGGCGGCCUCCGACUGCGUGUGCUCGGCACUCUACGCCAUCGAGAGCGUGGACACCAACGUGGCGCUGGCCAUGCAGCUGUUCCAGGGCGUGCUGACGCUGGAGACGGCCUACCACAUGGCGGUGGCCCGGGAGGACCUCGACAAAGUGCUGAAUUACUGUCGCAUCUUCACGGAGCUGUGCGAGACCUUCCUGGAGACCACGGUGAGGAGUCCGGGCCAGGGUAUGGGGGACCUCCGCACCCUGGAACUGCUGCUCAUCUGCGCUGGACACCCCCAGUACGAAGUGGUGGAGAUCUCCUUCAACUUCUGGUACCGGCUGGGCGAGCACCUCUACAAGACCAACGAGCCGGCCCUGCACGCCAUCUUCCGCCCCUACAUCCAGAGACUGCUGCACAGCCUCGCCCGCCACUGCCAGCUGGACUCCGACCACGAAGGAAUCCCCGAAGACACGGACGAUUUCGGGGAGUUCCGCAUGAGGGUGUCCGACCUGGUGAAGGACGUCAUCUUCCUCGUCGGCUCCAUGGAGUGCUUCUCCCAGCUAUACUCUACUCUGAAGGACGGGAACCCUCCAUGGGAAGUGACGGAGGCUGUUCUCUUCAUCAUGGCCGCCAUUGCGAAAAGCGUAGACCCUCAGAACAGCCCCACCCUGACGGAGGUGCUGGAGCAGGUGGUGCAGCUGCCGGAGACGGUGCACAUCGCCGUGCGCUACACCAGCAUCGAGCUAGUGGGCGAGAUGAGCGAGGUGGUGGACAGACACCCGCGCUUCCUAGGUGCUGUCCUUGACCCUGUGCUGAACUACCUGAUGAAGGGCCUUCGGGAGAAGCCCCUGGCGUCGGUGGCCGCCAAGGCCAUCCACAACAUCUGCUCGGUGUGCCGCGACCACAUGGCCCAGCACUUCCAGGGCCUGCUGGACAUCGCCCGCGCCCUGGACUCCUUUGCCCUCUCCACGGAGGCCGCCGUCGGCCUGCUCAAAGGCACGGCGCUGGUCCUGGCUCGCCUGCCCCUGGAGAAGAUCGCUGAGUGCCUGAGUGACCUGUGUGCAGUGCAGGUCAUGGCCCUCAAAAAGCUUCUUGCUCAGAAUCCAACCAAUGGGAAAACGGCCGACCCCACUGUCUGGCUGGACAGAUUAGCCGUCAUUUUCCGACACACAAACCCAAUUGUAGAAAAUGGACAAACACAUCCUUGUCAGAAAGUUAUUCAAGAGAUCUGGCCCGUGCUGUCGGAGACGCUGAACACGCACCAGGCAGACAACCGCAUCGUGGAGCGCUGCUGCCGCUGCCUCCGCUUCGCCGUGCGCUGCGUGGGCAAGGGCUCGGCCUCGCUACUGCAGCCCCUGGUCACACAGAUGGUGAGCGUGUACCAGGUGUACCCCCACUCCUGCUUUCUGUACCUCGGGAGCAUCCUAGUAGACGAGUAUGGCAUGGAGGACGGCUGCAGACAGGGCCUGAUGGACAUGCUGCAGGCUCUGUGCAUGCCCACCUUCCAGCUCCUGGAGCAGCCUCUGGGCCUGAGGAACCACCCCGACACGGUGGACGACCUCUUCAGGCUGGCCACCAGGUUCGUGCAGCGCAGCCCCGUCACCCUGCUCAGCAGCGGCAUCAUCGUCCACAUCAUCCAGUGCGCCAUCGCCGCCACCACGCUGGACCACCGGGACGCCAACUGCAGCGUGAUGAAGUUUGUCCGCGACCUCAUCCACACGGGGGUCAGCAACGACCACGAGGAGGACUUUGAGUUGCGGAAGCAGCUGAUCGGCCAGGCCAUGGAGCAGCACGGCCAGCAGCUAGUCACCCAGCUCAUGCACACGUGCUGCUUCUGCCUGCCGGCGUACACGCUGCCGGACGUGGCCGAGGUGCUGUGGGAGAUCAUGGUGUUCAACCGGCCGACGUUCUGCCGCUGGCUGGAGGUGGCACUGAAGGGCCUUCCCAAGGAGACGACGGGCGGGGCCGUGACCGUCACACACAAACAGCUCACAGACUUCCACAAGCAGGUCACCAGUGCGGAGGAGUGCAAGCAGGUGUGCUGGGCCAUCCGAGAGUUCACCAGACUGUUCCGAUAGCCACGCCUCCCGACACUAGCGCCGCCAGGACACCACCAGGUUAAAAUCUUUUGUUUGGACGACAUUCAGAGGUGACGGCAAAAAUUUUAAAACGAACGCUGAGGACAGCAGACGAGAACCUAAAGGGAACUCCGACUGGAAGGUUGGCUGGACUUUGCAAAUCUGGGGCAGGGGGGAAACCGCAAGAACGCAAACUCAUCUACCCGCGUGAUUUGAGCGACGGGGUCAAAAAGAAAAUAUAUAUACACAUAUAUAUAUAUCUCUAUAUAAAGUUUGCGUGGAGCCCAA